AUGCGGUCAUUUCCUUUGGGAACCUCACUAUCUGCAACUCCUAUAAACAUCUCAAAAAUAUCACCUUUCAAUAUUCAUUUUAAGAAACCAACUACUUUUCCAUCUUGGGGUUCAACUCCUCCUCAUGAAUUCUCUCUCUCCCAAUCAGGAUUAUGUAGAGCAAGUCAAGUUGCUGAUUUGUUCCCAACUGUGUCUCCUGAAAUUAUUGUGCGGGAGGCCAGGUUGGAGGACUGUUGGGAAGUGGCAGAGACUCACUGCAGCUCCUUCUUCCCUGAGUACUCCUUCCCAUUAGAUUUUGUGCUGAGGAUGGACAGAUUGGUGGCCAUGUUGGCUGGAUUCACUUUACCAAACGGUUGCAAGAGAACAUGCUUGGUUGCUGUUAUUGGCAACUCACUUGGUGAAACUUUUUUAUUUGGAAGUGAAGAUUUCAAGUUUGGUGGUUUUGAUGGGAAAUUCGGCCUCAACAAGGGAUAUGUGGCUGGUAUAUUAACAAUAGAUACUGUUGCUGACUUUCUACCUAGGAAGGGGCCAUUGCGGCAGAAAAGGACUGGAAUUGCAUACAUAUCAAAUGUGGCAGUCCGGGAAAAAUUUAGGCGGAAGGGAAUAGCUAAACAUUUGGUAGCAAAGGCAGAAUCACAAGCCAGAAGUUGGGGCUGUCGUGCUAUUGCAUUACACUGUGAUUUAAAAAAUCCUGCGGCCACAAAGUUAUACCAAGGCCAAGGUUUCAGGUCUAUCAAGGUUCCAGAAGGAGCUAACUGGCCACAGCCAAAGACCUCACCAGAUAUGAAGUUCAACUUCAUGAUGAAGCUUCUCAACAACUAA